AUGCCGUACCUCGACGAAGUCACACAACUCAGCGCACGCGACUUUGUCCAGCUCUAUCCUAGAGAUGCCAGGUCCCAGUUGACUCCUACUGCUACACAGCGGACUACCUUGAUUGUUGCGGCAUGUUAUAUUGUUGCUAUCGCCAUUUUAUGGCACGUCCCCAUUCUCAGCUGGAUAAUCUAUCCCUUCAAGCUGUUAACGGUCGGCUUCCACGAGAUGAGCCAUGCCUUCGCGGGUGUUCUGACCUGCGCGCAUAUUGAAUCCGUCGAGCUAGACCCUGAUGAAGGAGGAGCAACACGCAUGUCAGGAGGUGUACCAGUCAUUACCCUUCCCGCAGGAUACCUCGGCUCUUCUUUCAUCGGUGCAUGCCUCAUCACUUGCGGGUUCAACAUCAAUGCAAGCAAAGUCGCGAGUCUCGUCCUUGCUGUGUUCUUUAUAUUUACACUUUGGUGGGCGAGGAGAAACUUGUUGACCUGGGCAUUGGUUUUUGGGAUGUCGGCUCUCAUUGUUGCCUUUUGGUUCAUUAAAGGAGGAGUGGCGCUUAGAUUCCUGGUACUCUUCAUCGGCGUCAUGUCCUGCAUGUACGUGCUCUGGGAUGUCAUCGACGACACUAUAGCGCGGAAAGUCAACUCUUCGGACGCCUCUGCUUUCGCACACGUUUGCGGAUGCUGUCCUUCUCAGGUAUGGGGUGUCCUCUGGCUCAUCAUCGCCUUCUGCUUCUUCGCAGCAGGUAUCAUCGUAGGACUCGUUGCAUUUAAACAAUCGGAAGAACAACAAGAACAAGAUUCCAAACACUUUAUACCCGUCCCUGGAUCUUCAGCUGCUUUACCCUCUGCGUAUAUCCCUUCGUCUCUUGCUGUUUGGUUAGCCUCGUUAGCGUCGAGUUGUUUGCUUCUUGCUUUUGGGUUAUAGGAUCCCAAUGACGAAGAUGCGUUUUUUUUGUGUCCGUGGUUCUAUCAUGUAGAUACUACUUGAUAAGUUUAUGACACUGAUGGAAGGAAAGUAAGAGAUGGAUGGUGUUAUGCUGUUAGUAUUAUGGUUACGGACUUUCUUGAAUUUUAUCUGUGCUAAAUUCUGGACCCUUGUUUUGUUUUGUUCUUGUCUUGUAACCUUGUGUAUCAAGUACUAUAUUUCUUGCUUUCCUUCUGGAUACCUACGCGAUGUUCCAGUCGAAUAAAACUUUGUGCUACCC